UCACGGCACCUCAGGAGAGCGCGGGGGGGGGAGGGGCUCCAAUAAGACCCCAAAUUUGGGUGUUUUGGGGUUUUUUAUCAGAAAAAAGGACAUUUCUGGCAUUUAUGAUGUCAAGGGAGCCCCCAUCGCCCUCAUCCUGAGGAAAAAUGAACCGUUCCUGGUGUUUUUCUGAGGAAAAAGGGAAUUUGGUGACUUUCCUUUUUUGAGGGAAAAGGAAACUUCAAGGUCCCCCAGAGAUGACAGAAGAGCCUCGUCUCUUCAAGCUGGCCCAGCGAGGACAACUGGAGCUGCUGAAGGACGCCCUGCGAGGUGGGGACGCCGCCGGGCAGCGCUGCGGCCGCUCGGGGGACACGCUGCUGCACCUCGCCGCCCGCCACGGCCACCUCCACCUCCUGGCCUGGCUGCUGGAGGAGCUGGAGCUGGACAUGGAGGUGGCCAACGGUGACUACAAGAGGCCCCUCCACGAAGCCGCCUCCGCCGGCCACGGGGAGUGCGUCUCCUACCUCCUGGCCAAGGGGGCUUGCGUGGAUGCCUUGAAAAGGGGAGACUGGACUCCCUUAAUGAUGGCCUGCACCAGGCAGAACCUGGAGGUGAUCAAAGACCUCGUGGAGCACGGAGCCAACCCGCUGCUGAAGAACAAGGACGGCUGGAACUGCUUCCACAUCGCCAGCCGGGAGGGCCACGGGCAGGUCCUGAGCUACCUGCUGGCCGCCUCCCCGAGCAGCUGGGACACGGAGAGCACGACCAGGAGAACUCCUCUGCACACAGCAGCGAUGCACGGCUGUCGGGACGCAGUGGAGCUGCUCCUGGAGCGGUGCGGGUACGAGCCGGACAGCAGGGACAAUUGUGGAGUCACUCCCUUCAUGGACGCUCUCCAGCACGGGCACGUCGACAUUGCCCGGCUGCUCCUGGAAAAACACGGGGCUUGUCCCACAGCCGUGGAUGCUCUGGGAGCUCAGGCUCUGCACCGGGCGGCCGUCACAGCGCAGGACGGAGCCAUUCGGUUCCUGGUGGCCGAGCUGGGCGUCGGGGUCAAUGAGAGAGCGACAGCCCUGCAGCUCACGGCACUGCACUACGCAGCCAAGGAAGGACACACGGACACCAUCCGGACGCUGCUGUCCCUCGGUGCCGACCUCGAGGCGAAGGACGGGAAGGGUCGCUCCGCCCUACACGCGGCGUGUGGCGGGCAACACGCGGCCGCCGCGCGGAUCCUGCUCGGCGCCGGGCUGCGGGACGGCCCGGAUGGUGCGGGCACCUUGGCACGGCAGCUGGCGAGGAAGCCCGAAAUCAUCCAGGUUUUCCAAGAAAAAGAUGUCAGCGCGUGAGGAGAAAAAGAAAAAGGAAGAAAAGAGAAGGAAAACCCUUUAAUUUCAGCGUGGUUCGUUAGCUGUCGCUUAAUGACGGCUCUGAUGGUGGGAUUUUUGGCCAAGGGGUGAGCAGAGAAACCACUCCUGGACAUCCUGAAGGACGAGAUCACAGCUGGGUCAUUUUUACAUCCCUUAGGGAUGUGUUCUCUGCAAACCUGUUGCGCUGCUGUAAGUGAUCAGAGGGAAAAAGAUGGGAAAAAGAGGUAAAAAGAUGGAAAAAAGAGGUAAAAAGAGGGAAAAAAGAGGGAAAAAGAGGGAAAAAGAGGUAAAAAGAGGGGAAAAAGAGGGAAAAGGAGGGAUUUGUUAUUCCAAUUCCUCCUGCAGCUUCCCACCAGCAAGGAAACAACUUUUCUCUUUGAAAGGCAGAAGGAAAUGGCUUCAGAUUUAAUGUAACCACUGAGUUUUAGUUUGGAACACACAAAAAUAGGAGCUACUGUAGCUGCUGGGCUUGUUUGUAUCUACCUGGACUUCAAAAUGGGGUUUUGUAGGGAAACAAAGCUUGCGCGGGAUGUCAACAUGUAACAAGGGGUUGUAUCGGCAGCUCCGCUGCCAGCAGGUGAUAAAAUGGCUCUAAAAAAUAAAAAUAAAGCUGGCCUGGGUGAGAAAAA